AUGUCGGCAGUCAAGCGCAAGACGAGCUCGUCGGCGACCGAGUCUGAAGCCAAGAAGAUGAAGGCCAACGGCAGCAUCACGUCCUUUUUUGGAGCACCGAGGCCGAAGCCUAUCGAUGCCUCCGCACCCGCACCCGCAGUCAAGUUCGACAAGCAGAAGUGGGUCGACAGCCUUACCCAAGAGCAAAAGGAGCUUCUGAAGCUUGAGAUCGAGACGCUGGACCCGAGCUGGCUGGCGCACCUAAAGGAUGAUCUCGUGACCAACGAGUUCCUGGGGCUCAAGAAGUUUCUCGACAGAGAGACGGCUGCCGGCAAGAAGUGGUUCCCACCCAAGGAAGACAUUUACUCCUGGUCCCGACAUACGCCGUUCAGCAACGUCAAGGUCGUCAUCGUAGGCCAGGACCCAUACCACAACGUGAACCAAGCGCACGGCAUGGCCUUUUCCGUGCGGCCGCCCACGCCGGCGCCUCCGUCCCUCAAGAACAUGUAUAAGGCGCUGAAGAAGGACUACCCGAGCUUUGUGCCUCCGCCGAACAAUGGCGGCUUGCUCAUCCCAUGGGCUGACCGCGGCGUGCUAAUGCUCAAUACCUGCCUCACGGUGCGCGCACACGAAGCCAACUCGCACUCCAACCGGGGCUGGGAGCGCUUCACACAAAAGGUCAUUGAUCUUGUUGCGCAGAAACGGACACGAGGAGUCGUCUUCAUGGCUUGGGGCACUCCAGCCGGAAAGCGAGUGCAGAAGGUGGACAAGAGUCGCCACCUUAUCCUACAGAGCGUCCAUCCCAGCCCCCUGAGUGCGUCUCGCGGCUUCUUCGACUGCGGACACUUCAAAGCCGCAAACGAGUGGCUUGUCAAGAGGUACGGUGAUGACGGCGAGAUCGACUGGGCGUUGACUGCCAACACAUCUACCAAGAAGGUUGUGCCGCUGGCAACCGUCGAGGAACCAAACCCAAAGGCUAACGGGGCAUCGUCGCCCGCGGCCGCGCCGAAAGUCGCGCCGAAAGCCACGCCGAUCAAGGCCGAGGACGACUUUGGUUCCGACGAUGAGGAGGCGCUCGAGGAGGCUCUGAAGCAGGCUGAGGAGGAUGCAAAGAAGUAA